AUGAGCCGGGGCUCCCGGCGCGCGCCACUUCAAGGGAGCCCGCCGCGGGAGCGGCCGCCGCUGGCUUUCCUCAGCGCGCCGGGAGGCGGCGGCCGUCGGGGACCCGGCACGGCGGGCCGAGGCGCUGCGCCCGCUGCAAGGAAGCGGCGGCGGCCGGAGAUGGGGACGGAGCGAAGCUACCCCUCCGAGCCGUGACCGCCGCCGCCGCCGCCGCCUCGGGCGCUCUCGGAGCGCCGACGCUGAGGAACAUGGCCCUGGAGCAGCUCUGCGCGGUCCUCAAAGUGUUGCUGAUAACAGUACUUGUAGUGGAAGGGAUUGCUGUGGCCCAAAAAACCCAAGAUGGACAAAAUAUUGGAAUCAAGCACAUUCCUGCAACCCAGUGUGGUAUUUGGGUUCGAACCAGCAAUGGAGGUCAUUUUGCUUCACCAAAUUAUCCUGACUCAUAUCCACCAAACAAGGAGUGUAUCUAUAUUUUGGAAGCUGCUCCUCGUCAACGAAUAGAGCUGACCUUUGAUGAACGCUAUUAUAUAGAGCCAUCAUUCGAAUGUCGGUUUGAUCACUUGGAAAUUCGAGACGGGCCAUUUGGUUUCUCUCCUCUUAUAGAUCGUUACUGUGGCAUGAAAAGCCCUGCAUUAAUUAGGUCAACGGGAAGAUUCAUGUGGAUUAAAUUUAGUUCCGAUGAAGAACUUGAAGGACUAGGAUUUCGAGCAAAAUACUCAUUCAUCCCAGAUCCAGACUUUACUUACCUUGGAGGUAUUUUAAAUCCCAUUCCAGAUUGCCAGUUUGAGCUCUCUGGAGCUGAUGGAAUAGUACGGUCUAGCCAAGUAGAGCAAGAAGAGAAAACAAAGCCUGGCCAAGCAGUUGAUUGCAUAUGGACAAUUAAAGCUACUCCAAAAGCUAAGAUUUAUUUGAGGUUCUUAGAUUACCAGAUGGAACACUCAAAUGAAUGCAAAAGAAAUUUUGUGGCAGUCUAUGAUGGAAGCAGUGCUAUCGAAAAUCUGAAGGCCAAGUUCUGCAGCACUGUGGCUAACGACGUCAUGUUGAAAACAGGAGUCGGAGUGAUCCGGAUGUGGGCAGACGAAGGUAGUCGGCUUAGCAGGUUUAGGAUGCUCUUCACUUCCUUUGUGGAACCUCCCUGUACAAGCAGCACUUUCUUUUGCCAUAGCAACAUGUGCAUCAACAAUUCUUUAGUCUGUAAUGGUGUUCAAAACUGUGCAUACCCUUGGGAUGAGAAUCACUGUAAAGAAAAGAAAAAAGCUGGACUAUUUGAACAAAUCACUAAAACUCAUGGAACAAUUAUUGGCAUUACAUCAGGAAUUGUCUUGGUCCUUCUCAUUAUUUCUAUUUUAGUACAAGUGAAACAGCCCCGGAAAAAGGUUAUGGCUUGCAAAACUGCAUUUAAUAAAACUGGGUUCCAGGAAGUAUUUGAUCCUCCUCAUUAUGAGCUAUUUUCACUAAGAGAGAAAGAGAUUUCUGCAGAUCUGGCAGAUUUGUCAGAAGAACUUGACAACUACCAGAAGUUGCGGCGCUCCUCCACGGCCUCCCGGUGCAUUCAUGACCACCACUGUGGAUCACAAGCAUCCAGUGUGAAACAAAGCAGGACCAACCUCAGUUCCAUGGAACUUCCCUUCCGAAAUGAUUUUGCACAACCACAGCCAAUGAAAACAUUUAAUAGCACCUUCAAGAAAAGCAGCUACACUUUCAAACAAGCUCACGAGUGCCCUGAACAGGCUCUAGAGGACAGAGUGAUGGAGGAGAUUCCCUGUGAAAUUUAUGUCAGAGGGCGAGACGAUUCUGCACAAGCAUCCAUAUCCAUCGACUUUUAAUUGCUGACUAAAGGCAUUAUUGUUAAGUGUGUAUGCAGCCCACACCAACACUCAUUCUAUCUCCGCAUCCAUCUUGUUCUAUCAAAUUUAGAAAGCCCUUCAUAAUUUAUCAUAAUGCUGAUGAUUUUAUUAUCUCAGGCAAUCUAUAUAUGUGAAACCAACUAAGAAACUUAAAUGUAUUCAGUGGAAAUAAGUCAUCAUCUGUUGCUGGUAUCUUAACCUGUAAAACACCACCAGUCCAAUAGCAGUUGAGGAGCAGGUCAUGUUAAGUCAGGCGGAGCAGCCUGGUGCUGUGAACACCGGGCACUGUUCGUGUUUGCACAGCCCCAUCAACUUGAUCUCACAGUAAAUUUAAAAGAUUUUUCUUUAUAUUCCUUUUGUCCUUCUUUUUUCUGUUAUGUUUUAUUUGCCUGUGGUUUUACCAUGUCAGUUUCCUACAGACAGAGAUAAUAUGUCACUUAAUUCAACAUGGCCAUGCAUUUGCUCCUAAGUGUGUAUAAUACGGCCAGUACUGUAAUGAGUGGCAGUUUAAGAUGCAGUCAUAUUUCAUUUCUUCCUGACUGAUUUCUACACUGUUGUCUUUAAUAACUGCAUCUUUAGUUCUGUUUUUCUAUGGGAAGUAGGAUUUAUCACUUUUAAAUCAUGCUUCAUCUUAGUUAUACUAAAAAAGUAAGAAUCCUGGGGUAUAUUAUUACCAGAUACACAUGAACAAGUUUGUAGCAACCUCUGAAGUUUUCCCUACUGGGUCUCAAUUCAGUGACAGUAAUCAGGGUCCUAGAACUCACCUGUGAGCAGACCUUUAAUUAUGGCUCCAUGCAGAGCUUCUCAGAUCUUAUUCCCUAUCAUCUUUCAAAAAGAUUUCUUUGUUCUCUUGGUACUGGUUUGUCUUUGACACAUGGCCAUGGUUGGUGGAAGCUUAAAGAAAUUCUCAGAGAAACUGUGUGAGGCUUUACAUAGCUUCUGCUUGGAACAGUGCAUUUUUCUACCCAUUAUCGAGAAGAGCAACUUCAACUUUUUCUUAAGCUGCACUUUUAACCUUAUGUUUUGUAAAGUAUAUAAAACAAUAAUUUAUAAACAUAGUAUCAAAACUCAUUGUGUUUUUUUAGACUUUUGAUAUUAUUUGAUAUUGUAUAAACUUUAUUAGAUCAAGAUUUAAGACACACACGACAGUUUCUUUAAGUCUCCACAGUAGUGACUUUAUGUAGAAGUAUACUGUGAUGGGACUGCACUGUAAUUUAUUAUAAAGACCUUGCUCAUGGUCAUGUGUACAUACAUUCUUCUUUCUUUUGCUGCUGUGUUAGUUGGUAAUAAGUUCUUCACUGUGUGGUAUUUAUUGUUCUAAAUCACAACAGAAAUCUUAUUAGAGUAUACAUUAAUUCAUGAUCCUUCAAUUAUAUUAUUUAUAGCAGGAAUCCUUUCAAUAAGAUGUAGAUGAGGAAGAAUUCAUAUAUUUAAUGAUAACCAAUAUAGAUAAUGCCAUUUUAAAGAGGUAAAUUCUCAUUUUCUAUAUUGAACUAAAUUUCCAAUGAAUGAAAAGUUGAGGUUUCACUAGAUUUCAUUUAUUUUUUUAAGUACUACAUAAAUCUGAUUUCUCAGAUUACUAAAAACUUUGACCUUUAGUGUGAUGUACUUUCUGACCAAAGUGUGUUUUCUGUAUGACUUUUUUUUUAUUUUUAAAAAGGAAAUUAUAUCAAGAAUAUUGAGAAAACUUACCCUUGGCAUAAGCAUGACUUAAUUUUUUUAAGUCAGUAGAUGUUCCUGCUUUGUAAAAUAGAACUUGGAAAAGUAAAAGGAAUCUCAAAACAUAGAAAUCACUGAACUAUGCAGAGAAAAAUUAAAUAAUUUUGUUCUUUCAGUAACUAGAAGCAUUUUAUUAUGUGACUUAGACCAGCCACCAUUCCAACACCAUAGUAAAUACUUAAAUCGAUAGCUAUGAAACCAUAGUGAAAUAAAAAUUAACAUAUUUCUUUUAUAAAUUAUAUCCACUAUAAAAUAGUUGUCAUAUUCAUCAUUAAUUUUAAGAUUAUAGGGUUUAUAGUAUGCCUUCAUACAUCAUGAUCACUUGUAGGUGUAUUUUUAUUUUUAACACUAUUCUAUUUUAAAGGAAUUUGAAGGGAUUUACAAAACAGUUGUUUGUACAAAAUACUGAACAUUCCAACCACGUAAAUUUGCAUGAUCUCAUGCAUCAGCAAGAGAAACUUGGAUGAUCUUUUGGUUCUAAAUUCUCUAACCAGAAAGUUGUUCCUUUUCACAGUAGAAAACACUUAUAUUCAGAGGCUAAAGUGAAAGCCAUAAAUUUAAGCAGUAACAAAUAUGAAGUUAAGCUGUCUUAUGUGAGUUAUUAUACCCUACAAAGUACCUGUGUUAAACACACCUUUUAGUGAAAAAUGCAAAGCCAGAGGAUAGUAAAAAUCUCCAGUGCAAGAAAGUACUAAGUACAAACUAUAUGACACCAAAACAUUGCUGUCUUUCAUCCCAAGUUUACUACAAGCUGUCAGCUCCCAAGUAGCCACAGACUGCAACCUACACAUCCCACUGUCUCAAAGACAUGGGAAUAAACUGUUAUUUGUUUGCAGAAGAGAGUUAUCAAUAUAAAUAUUUAACAAAAACCAAAGGAUGUUUACAUUUCACAUCAUGGAUCUAAAAGGCUCCCUUAGCUUUGGUUUAGGAGAGUCUUUGUCACUCUCCUACAUGUGUUUUGUAUAAUUGCUAAGCAUUAAGGAACUGCAGUCUGCACUGAACAUUUCUAUACUUUGGAUACUACCUAAUGAUGGUAGGUGCUUGUGUCAGGAACAUAUCAGCUAAGAUGAGAAAGGGCUGCUUGUAGUUCCAGGAAUAAUUAACAGUCAGAGAUUACACUGUUGCAAAAUGAUGUCUGCCAUGUGCCCACUUUCGUUUACUACAAGUGUUAAGAGAAAUGUGCCUGAAUCACGUUGACUGUGGACAGAAGGGACUUUAUUUUGUUCUGUUUAAAGAUCCAAGAGAGACGAUCUAGUCUAGUUUUGUCAAUGAGAAGACAAAACCCUGGUGGUGAAGUAGCUCCCCAUGGCUCCGUCCUCCUAGCCCGGUAACCUUCCUUGGCUUCUUCUCUCCCUGCUUAGCUUUAAAAAGUCACAGAAUUCCAAACAUCAGCCUAGAUGUUCCUGCAAAACUUGUUAGUUAUACUUACUUAAAAUGUAAUGCUGUAAUUUUUGUAUACAAAGGGGGCUUCACCCUCCCUUUUUAAUUUAUAUAACACUGUUAUCCCAUCAGUUUUGUUACCAGGCUUCCUUGGCACCUGCUAAAUAUGUAAUUACUGUGAAUUCUUAGUAAACAGUGCUGGUUAGCAGCACAUAGGCUGAUGCCAGAAAGAAAGCUCUGUGCUUUCACGUUUGUAAAUUUUUUUUAGUUAAAAUUAACAAUGUACAUUAUAGAAAUUAAAUAUUGGGUACUGUAUCUUGAGUUUUGAGAAUUAUUUGAGUCUGAACCACUGUAAGAGAACAAGCUGACCUGGGAUAUCCUUUUAGCUUCCUACACCAUCUGUUACCUGUUAUAUAUCUUUCCUAGUAAUAUGUUCUUCACUCGGCUUUUUAAGAUACUUUUGACUAUAUUUCUGAGAUCGGUUUACUGGCUCACAAAGCCUCCGAGCUAAUGAUGAGGGUGCACGUAUACUAAAUACUACCUAAACUUGUUUUUUUAAGGGGGAGAUUUCUAUUAGAGACAAACUUCCAGAUCAUGUAAGAAUUCUCAUUGCUUAAUCCAGAUUUGGCACUUUAAAGUACUUAACCCUUGAAAUGCAAAUAAAAAUUCCUCUUUUGAUUUUC